AUGCUAGUUUCACAAUAUCGAUAGUUGCCAGCCCCUUCCAAGGAACUCCCUUCCAAUUUGAGUUAGGCUCAUUUCGAUUAGAAGAUGAGAUUCCAAUAGUAACAUAUACAAGCGAGGGUGAUUGAGGAAAGACCCAAUUUCCAAGAGAUGUAAGGAGGAUAACCUCCUAUGAAGCCUUGGUUAGGAGAAGAUGUUUAUAUGGUAGCAUUUCUGUUAUCAGUGGAAAAUGAUAGAUUGAGAGAGGAGAAUGGAAGGAUUGGAGAAUAUAUAAAUUAGAAUGAAUUAAGAUUCAAGGGAGUGGAUUUAAUUGAAGGAGAAUUGAUACAAUUGAGAAAUAAAAUAGGAGAUUAUGAGAAAAAGAUUGCUUAGCUACAAUAUGAGAGUGAAUAAUGGAGAGUGAAGUGUGUUAAUAGAGAGAAAGAAAGUGAAGAUCAACGCUAUUAGAAGGAAUUACAGAGAAGGAUAUCUAUAGAUAGGGAAAUAAGGGAGUUGACAGCCAGAUUUAUAUCAGAUAGGAAUCAAUUGGAAAAGGAGAAUAGAUAAUUGAGAACUGAAUUGGAUAGUCUGAAACUAUCUAAAAGCAGUGUAGAUGACAUAAUGAGAUAAGCAGAUAUGGUUUAGAAAGAAAAUCACAGAUUGAAAUAAGAAUUAGACAAUCUUAGAAAGGGUUUCGAUGAAUUAGAGUAUGUCCUUAAAACAGCUGCAGAUUUGGAGACUGAGAACACUCAUCUAAAACAAUAGAUAGAGAAUUUCUAAGUCUAAUUCUAGAACCAACAGUAACAGCAAAUGCAACCAAUUCAAAGAGUUGUCGUCAAUUCAACAAAUUUAUGUAAGACUAAGAUUUAAUGA